AUGCCUCAACACCUCCGCGAUCCACAGGACCCCGCUGUUAACCUCCCCUUCCACAUGCACAAGGCGGCGCAACCGCCCUCUUCAGCUCAACCUCGCCCGAAUUUCCAAGAACAGACGAACGCGUUCUCUCUCUUCAGGAUCUUCGCCUCGCCGAUCCCCGCGGGCGCGUCGAACAAAACGGCGGUAAUCCUUCUGCCCGAGGCACUCGCAAAAACUGAUUAUCGACCACCAACCACUUUGGAGUACGAGUGCUACCAGUACUACCGCCGUUCAACCCCAGCAUACUUCUACGGCCACCUUGCCGCGGCAGUGGGGGAGUCGGGGGAGUCGGGGGAGUCGGGGGAGUCGGGGGAGUCGGGGGAGUCGGGGGAGUCGGGGGAGUCGGGGGAGUCGGGGGAGUCGGGGGAGUCGGGGGAGUCGGGGGAGUCGGGGGAGUCGGGGGAGUCCAGGGACCGUACAAGUGGUCGAAAAGGAAUAUUGUGA